AUGUUGAAAAAGUCAUCGCCAACGGAGAUUCAGAAAUGGAUUGAAUUUAGGACGCAAAAUAUCCAGCUUCUAAACAAAAUUCUGCGAAAGGCUUCAACGAUGGGUGAGAAAACGAAAAUUAUCACAACCAUCGGACUCUUGAAAUCGCUGGCGGAAAAAUUCAAACGUCUUCGGAGAACGGGUGACGAUACGCGGAAACAAAGACGAAGCGAUCGCGUACACUGGGAAGAAUUGGAGUCUGCUUUCGAGGGAAGAAUACGAACCGGAUCCAUCACCAAUUUGAAACAUAAAGACGUAGAGAGGUUUCUAGAAGACGCAAAGUUACUUGCUGUGACAAGACUGAAAAACGCUUUGAAGAAAGCCAGGAGCCUAAAAGUCAACGCUAUCCUGGCUUGUAAAUUCGAAGUAAAGAAGGAUGAUCACACAGUAGAAGAGAACAAAUUCUUUAAUACGAGAAACGAAAUCAUCCUCCAGACAACGGAUAUUAACGAAUGGUUCAUCGAAAAUGUAACAAACCGUUUGUUAACAAAGGUGGAAGAUUUCCAGGAAAAGGAUUCAGGCUGGUCGUUACUUGAAAUUAUCAAUCUUGCCGUCAACAUCAACAAGUAUACACCACUUCAAGGUGGUCUGUAUACCUACACCCCGUUGCCGAAACACAUCAGAGAUAAGAAGGCUGUGGUGAACAUCUCAAACAACGACUCGUAUUGCUUCCUUUGGUCGGUCACCGCAGCUCUGUACCCAGCUAACAACAGAAAUCCCAACAUAACCAGCUCGUAUCCACAUUUCAGCUCAGUGCUACGGUAUGACAUGGAAACCGAAAUGACAGACGAUGACGAUGAUGUUGAUAUGGAUAAUUAUAAAAAAAACAGAACCUUUCAUUUCGCUUGGAUUCGAAAUUUAUCUCGAUUAACUAGUUCUCAAAUUUCCACCCGUAAUGGUCAAUGCUUGUUGCAAGCUACUAACAUUCAAGUGUCAGAAAAUAGAACAAUUUACCAAAAUCAUAUUUCUUACAGUAUAGCAUAUUACCUGCAUUGCACCUUUAACGAUUCCAUUUCAAAGUUCAAAAUUAACCGCGGGGAGACUUGCAUCGAAUGGUUUGUGAACGAGUUGGAGGAAUUGGCACACUCGUUAGAAACGUAUUUCAAAACCAUUGUACCUAUGGAGUCGCUGAACUUCAAUCAAAUUAACGAAUUUAAUUUAUCAAAGGUAUGUCAUAUUUGUGAAAAGCCGUUCACGCGCGAAGACGUGAAACACCGUGAUCACUGUCAUUUCACAGGAAGGUACCGUGGUCCUGCGCAUCAAAGCUGUAAUCUUAAUUAUCAAAACUCGCAUACUAUCCCAGUGAUAUUCCACAAUCUGUCGGGUUACGAUUCGCAUUUUUUGAUUAAAGCAUUGGCCACAACUUUUCAGGGUACUAUUCAGCUUCUACCCGUGAACAAAGAAAAGUAUAUUUCGUUCACAAAAUUCGUUAAAGGAACAGAUGUACAGUUUAGAUUUAUAGAUUCGUACCGUUUUAUGCCCAGCAGCCUCGAAAACUUGGCAACGUAUUUGAAUGAUAAUCAAAUAGCAAUUACACGUAAAUUUUGCACUAGCUCUGAAAAAUUCGAGUUAUUAACCAGAAAAGGUGUUUUUCCGUAUGAGUAUAUGGAUAGUUGGGAGAAGCUCGAGGACGUAAAGUUACCGCCUGAAGAAAAAUUUUAUUCAAAAUUGAACAAUCAAGACUUAUAUUUGCGAACUGAUGUUUUUCUGUUGGCUGACGUUUUUGAAAACUUUCGACAAAAUUGUUAUGCAACGUACAACCUGGACCCUUUACAUUAUUACACGGCGCCCGGUCUUUCGUUUGACGCAAUGUUGAAAUGUACCGGUAUCGAACUCGAGCUUCGCACUGACAUAGAUAUGCUUAUGUUUAUAGAAAAAGAUAUUCGAGGUGGUGUGUCCCAAUCCUCUAACCGAUAUGCAAAGGCUAACAAUAGAUACAUGGGAGAUGCUUUCAAUCCAGCGCUCGAAGAGUCUUAUCUCAUGUACUUCGACGUUAACAACUUGUACGGCGCGGCUAUGAGCUUUACUCUACCAUGCAACGAAGCGGAGUUUGGCUACUUAUUAGAGGUAGAUUUGGAAUAUCCCGAGGAACUGCAUGAAAUGCAUAAAGAUUUACCACUGUGUCCGAAACACUACAUACCUCCCAUCUCAGAAAGUAAGCAGCCGAAAUUGACGACCACGCUACUUUCCAAGCAAAACUACGUUGUUCAUUACCACGUCUUGAAACAAUGCUUAGAAUUAGGUUUAAAACUAGCUAAAAUUCAUAGAGUUCUAAAGUUCAGACAAACACCGUGGCUCAAAAAGAAGUAUCGAGAUGUCAGGCUGAUCACGGAAUGGGAUGGAAGAUACGGUGCUAGAGCUACUAUAGCCAGACCAAAUUUCCACAGUUGUACAAUCUUUGAUAAAGAUAUGAUAAUAGUUGAAUUGCGUAGAACGACAGUCAAACUCAACAAACUAUUGUAUGCAGGUUUUUUCAUUUUAGAUCUUGCGAAGACCUUUAUCUACCAUUUUCACUACAAUUUGAUAUAUCACUUCACCGUCCCCAACCUUUACGAAUGCAUCAAACAGGACUUGGAUAAAUUUGAUACCUCUGAUUAUCCACCUGACAACGUCUACGGAAUGCCGUUGGUUAACAAAAAAGUUCUAGGUUUGAUGUAA